AUGAGUUCGAGCACACCAACCGACUACAAACACCAAGCAGAGGCGACGAGCGCAUCUUUGUCACUUGACCAUGGGUCUGGAACAGUUAGCGACACCGACGCUUGCCUCGUGUUAAGAGACGGACUUCAACGAAAACUCAAGCCCCGUCAUCUUCAGAUGAUCGCCAUUGGAGGAGUCAUUGGCACUGGACUGUUCCUCGGGACUGGAUCAGAUCUGGCCCACGGCGGACCUGCAGGUCUUCUAAUUGGCUACUGUGUCAUGGCGUCACUGCUUUACUCGGUUAUGGUAGCGCUUGGUGAAAUGGUUUCACACUUGCCCAUUCCUGGUGGUCAAUUCGCGCUGGCCGGUCGCUUCGUUUCGCCAGCAGUCGGCUUUGGAAUGGGGUGGCUUUACUGGUACAAUUACAUCGUCGUUCUCCCAGCAGAGCUGUCAGCAUCUGCUGUUCUUGUGUCUUACUGGACGCCAGCAGGUAAGGGGGACUCGACUUGUACCACCGGUAUCUGCAACAACAGCCUCUGGAUCGCAAUUUUCCUGGUGGUUGUGUUGGCCAUCAACUUCGGGGGUACCAGAGUUUUUGGAGAGAUUGAAUUCUGGUUCUGCUCUAUCAAAGUCCUCACUAUCAUUGGCCUGAUCAUCACUGGUAUCAUAAUCACCUCAGGUGGAGGACCUGAUGGGACGUCCAUCGGCUUCCGUUACUGGAACCAGACUCGAGGGUUUGUUCAAUACCAAGAUAUACCAGGGGCCAAAGGCCGUUUCCUGGGCUUCUUCAGCGUGCUCAUCAAUGCUGCAUUUGCCUUCAUUGGUACUGAGAUCACCGCCAUCACAGCAGCGGAAUGUGCGAACCCGAAGCGCGCGGUGCCCAAAGCUAUCAAGAGUGUCUGGAUCCGUCUUGUGCUAUUCUACCUCUGCAGUGCUUUCAUUAUAGGUCUUCUGGUGUCACCUUCUGAUCCGGAUCUCAAUCUGGGUACUGGCGCAGCGAAAAGUCCUUUCGUCCUUGCCAUGAAGAACGCUGGAAUUUCUGUCCUUCCAUCAAUCAUCAAUGUUGCGCUUCUCACAAGCGCAUGGUCGGCAGGUUGUGCUGAUCUGUUUGUUUCAUCCAGAGCAUUGUAUGGUCUUGCAUCAAGGGGUCAAGCUCCAGCUAUCUUCCGCAAAGUCCGUGAGGAUGGUCUGCCAUGGGUCUGUGUCCUGUGUGGGAGCUUCUUCGCCCUCAUAUCGUUCAUGGCUGGAGCGAAGGGAAAAGCUGGUACUGUGUUUGGCUACUUCUCGAACAUGACCGCCAUCUGCGGCAUGCUUUCUUGGGCCUGUAUCCUUUGGACGAGCAUUCGUUGGCAGAAGGGCUUGAAAGCACAAGGGAUCGAUCGCAAUACUCUACCCUACAAGGCCCCAUUCCAGCCGUAUCUCUCGUAUUACGGUCUUUGUGUCAGCAUCUUGGUGACGAUAUUUGGCGGUUUCACAGCCUUCAUGCCUCACUUUAACGCUUCAUCGUUCGUCACAACGUAUUUCCCAAUCCCAUUCUUCCUUAUCCUUACGAUCGGAUACAAAUUCUGGGAGAAGUCGAAGUUCAUCAAGUAUGAGGAGAUGGAUUUCACGACCGGCUCUUCGGCAGAUAACCCGAACGAAGCGGCGGCUCCUGGUUUCUGGGGCAAGGUCGAGGAGUAUAUUUAG